AGCCCCGGCACUGGGCAGGACUGGGGUGAUGCCCUGAACUGGCAGAGUCCAGCUCGUUUCGGGAGGGGGUCCCAGCACCUUUCCAGCCUCUGCUGUGAGUGGCAAUGGAGACUGGUCGUGUCCUGGGAGCUGGGGCCGUGCUGGUGGCACUGGUGGUGCUGGGAGCCCACCCGGCUAAAGGAGAGGAGACCUCCUCUGGGGUUUUCCAGGAAUUCUCUGUUGGUGAGUGUCAGUACCUCAACGGCACCGAGCGGGUCAGGCUUGUGCACAGGUACAUCUACAACAGGGAGCAGCUCACACACUUCGACAGCGACGUGGGGCUCUAUGUGGCCGACAGCCCCCUGGGCGAGCCCGAUGCCAAGUACUGGAACAGCCAGCCGGACAUACUGGAGGGUAGACGGGCUGAGGUGGACAGGGUCUGCCGACACAACUACGGGGUGUUCACCCCUUUCACCGUGGAUAGGAGAGUUCAGCCCGAGGUGGAAAUCUACCCGGUGCAGUCGGGCUCCCUGCCCCAGACCAACAGGCUGGUUUGCUACGUGACGGGGUUUUACCCGGCGGAGAUUGAGGUGAAGUGGUUCAAGAACGGGCAGGAGGAGACGGAGCGCGUGGUGUCCACGGACGUGAUCCAGAACGGGGACUGGACCUACCAGGUGCUGGUGAUGCUGGAAACCACCCCGCAGCGCGGGGACACCUACAUGUGCCAGGUGGAGCACGCCAGCCUGCAGCAGCCCGUCACGCGCCUCUGGG